CUAUGCUGUAAAAGGCACAACAAAAGUGGAAAGCUCGAUCGUCCAAUAUUUCUUAAGCUCUGCCAAAGUUAAUAUUUCGUAAUUCGUAUAAACAUUAAUAAGCGUUAUUUUAAAGUGUAUGCUUUUGGAUUGGAUUUAUGUUACAUACUAAUAUAAAUAUUAAAAAUUACUGAUGUGCCGGCUUAUUUAUUAACUACAUAACUUGAAAGUUGUGGCUGAAUAAAUAGAAACCGAGAAAGAUGGCGUUUCUCCUACGCUUUACUAUCUCCUGUUUUCUCUUAUCGUGCCACUGGUCAUGGACCAAUGCGGAAUUGUUCACUGCCAUAUCAGACGUCGAACCUCUUUUGGAGACACACAAAAGGAUCAUAGAUGACCUGGACGAAUAUAUCUCUAAGGAAGAAGAAAGAUUGGUUGUCUUGAAAAGACAUCUGAACAUAUAUAAAAGAGAACAUAAAAUAGCAAUGGAGGAUAUUCCCAACUACUUAGGAAAUCCCAUUAAUGCGUUCACACUUAUCAAGCGAUUGACGUCUGAUUUGGAUCAUAUCGAGCACAGCAUUGAGAUCGGAACAGAUUAUAUAAAGAACUUGACAGUGAACCAUGCUGAUGUUAAAUACCCAACGUUGGAAGACCUUGCCGGCGCCGCCCAAGCUCUCACGAGAUUACAAGAAACGUACCAUCUCGAAGUCUCUGAAUUGGCUGAAGGAAGACUUAAUGGAGUCAACUACAGUGCACCAAUGAGUGCGGGCGAUUGUUAUGAACUUGGUAAAGCUCUCUACAACGAGAAAGAUUACACAAACGCUCUCGCAUGGAUGACACAGGCUAUGCGAAAAUAUAAAGAGGAAAACCAGCCUUAUUUGUUUAAAGAAAUCGAUAUCAUGGAAUAUAUUGGAUUCGCUCACUAUUUAUUAGGUGAUGUCAAGUCUGCACUAGAAUGGACAAAAAAGAUGAUAGCUCUGGAUCCGAAACACGAGCGCGCACGCGGUAAUGUUCCUCAUUACAACAAAAUUAUAUCAGAAGAUGAAGAAAAACUACGUAGACGAAGGCGCGGGGUAGGUAUUAAUGACGUUGGGAAAGAAUUAGAGGAAGAAACCACAAAUAAGCCGCCAACACUCACUCCAUACGCGAAAGAGAGAAAGGUUUAUGAAAAACUCUGCCGUGGCGAAGUGGACAUUCCACAAGAAAUAACUAAAACGCUAACCUGCAGAUAUUUAACAGAAGCCCACCCGUUCUUGCAAUUGGCAGCCGUGAAGAUGGAAUAUAUGUAUCGGAAUCCCGAUAUUGUUGUUUUCUAUGACGUACUCAGCGACCAGGAAAUAGAUCAUAUCAAGAGGAUGGCUAAGCCAAGGUUCAAACGUGCUACGGUCCACGAUCCAAAAACGGGUGAACUAGUUCCAGCCCAUUACCGCAUCAGCAAGUCGGGGUGGCUGAAGGAUGAAGAGUCUUCCAUAGUGGCUCGCGUGUCCCGCCGCGUGGCUCACUUCACAGGACUCGAUAUGACGUCUGCUGAAGAACUUCAGGUCGUUAACUAUGGGAUUGGGGGACAUUAUGAACCCCAUUUCGAUUUUGCGAGGAAACAAGAAACUGCAUUUGGAAAGGCCAAUGGGAAUAGAAUUGCUACAGUUUUAUUCUAUAUGUCGAACGUGGCUCAAGGUGGCGCCACAGUCUUCACGGAACUGGGUCUUAGCGUUUUCCCCGUCCGGGGCGCUGCUGUUUACUGGCUCAACUUGCAUCCGUCUGGUGAAGGGGAUCUGGCAACACGCCACGCAGCUUGUCCCGUCCUCACUGGAUCUAAAUGGGUGUGCAACAAAUGGAUUCACCAAGGUGGUCAGGAAUUAAUACAUCCAUGCAAUCUGGAGUACCAACCCGAAAGUAUGCGACGUAAAAUCCCGCGACCGAUUCCAAAAUCAUCGAGAUAGGUAAAACUACAUUCAGACCCUGCUCUGCGCCAUUCGCGAUUUUAUACUUUGUUGUUUCCUUAACAUAAAAACAUAAGAUUUAUAUAAGAACUGUAAGUAUUAAGGAUACAGCAAUAAGACGCCAUUUUUAAAUGUUUUAUAACAUGACUGCAAAAAAUCUUGUUUAUGUUAUCAUUUUUCGGUUUAUUAUAUAAAGAAAAUAGCUGUUUUGAUGUUAACUUCGCUUUUAUGAUAGUUCUAAUAUACGAAUAAGAUCGACCUAAAUGCAAAAGCAAACAUUUUCUGUCUUUUUCGUCUAAUUACAACCCAAAAUACAUAUAAUUUUGUCAAGUUAAUGUGCGUAUUGAAUAGUUCGUCUUUGUAUUGGCGUCAACAAAAGUUUAUCGACAUGAGUCCCACAGCGUAGUUUACAAGACAUUUGCUGGAUAUAAUAAUUCCUGUAGCAUUGUUGCAAAUAAAGGUUUUUGUACAAGCUAGUAUAUAUAUAUAGUUUUAUAUUAAUUUUUUAAAGUGCGAAAUUUAACGAUGGAUAUCGGCAAACCCAAAGUAUCGCCGAUAUAUCCGUAUCGGUAUUGGAUGCAUCCCUACUUAUAAGACUUUCCAAAACUUUUGACAUUUGAGUGUCUCCCACACUAAUUGCCGACAUAUACUUGACAGUCUUAGUUUAACUAUUAGCAGAACUGAUACAAAUAUUUAGAUUAAUAAACACAAAUUAUUUUAUAUGUUAUUGUACUAUUUUAGUCAUUAGUUAGCAGAGGGCAACAAGUAUGAACGUAGCUUUAUUACUUUAUAUUUAAUGAAUACAAAAAUAAGUAAAUCAAUUAAAUCAGUUAAACUGGUUUAAUUAAAGUACUGAAAUUUGGUUGUCACUUGACUUACAAGUCCUAUGCGGGGAAUGUUUCCAUCGUAGAAGUAAAGGUCAUUCUAGCUUCUUUAGUCUGUUUUGGAUUUCUCCGAUUCUUCAUGUCUGGUUAUUCCAGUGGAAAGCUGGCAAUGUGACUUGAAUCCCUCAGUGUGUUGUCCGCCCGAUUCCAUGUCGUUAGUGCUUUAAUUAAAACAUUUUACUGGGGAAAUGGUUGUUGGGGGUGUCAAUGUUGUCAUAUCAAAACGACAAUACUAUACGUAAUUAUACAAAGUAUGAGUUCAAAUUAGCAUUUAUGUAACAAAAAGUUUUUAUUAUCUACUAUUUUUUCGUCGUCCUAUGUUUUAUCUGUGUGAUUGUAUCUAUGAUUUAUCAAACUAACUGAUUACUGACUGACAUUUUGUCAUGUGCUCUACAAGGCGUCCCACGUCUUACGCCCUGUAUAUUCUUAAAGAAAAAAAUAUAUAAUUACAAAGUUUAUUAAGAAAGCCAUACAUAAAAAAUUACCUAAUUAUUAUAUGGAUUAAUAUUUGGUAUCUUAAUCUAUCUGAUAGUUAGGUUUGAAACACAUAAAAACUGAAUAAUACAAAUUUCUUGCCUCAAUUAGUAUAUAAAAUGAGGCUUUACAUAUAUUUCAAGAAUAUUUUUAAAGCCAUAUUAAAGCAUUUAUUUGAUUAGGAUAUGUGAUAAUUAAACGAAUUAAUAUAUUGAAUAUUGCUUUUUUCAUUGAUUGAAAAGAUUAUGUUAUUUUUAAAAUAUUUGUAUUCCAGUGUUGUAUUGUGUUCAAAUGAAUCUACUAAUGAAAAUGAUAAUGUAAUAAU